GCCAGACGUCAAGCUGUAGAUUACAAUCUGUAAAUAAGAUUUUAACCAGCAUUUCAUUGCAAAUAUCUCUCUCCAGAAGCAUUACACACAGCCAUCCAAGAGACCAGAGCUUCAAGUUCACUAUGUAGUUCAUUUUUGGUGCGAACCCAGUUUGUAAAUUGUAAAAUGUCAGGGGUAAUAGGUGGGCAGAUGGAGAUGUCUCGUUCGAGAUCCUUCGAGUCUCUGAACUCAAAGGCUCGCAUGGAAACAACUUUUGGUCCCUCGGCUUUUGCACCUGUGACGACAAUCAAGAGAGUAGAAGCAGACCAUUACCUCUAUGAUACAACAGUAAUUGAAAGGACUUCCAAUAGCUUGACAUGUGUGUCUGUUAGCAAUUCAGAUAGAGAUGUUGACAGUGGUACAGCGGGCUCUGAAAAGUGCAAUUUUGAGAUUACAUCCUUUAAAAGACAUCAUCGAACGUCAUCAACCAUUUCAGCGAGAUCUUUACAUUCUAUUUCAACAACUGCUGAAGAUGAAGAAGAUGAAGUAGUAUUGUUUGUGGAAGAGCCAUCAACAAAGCUGUUUUGUCCUGUUUGUCAGCGAGUUUUUAAGGAGCCAGUGAUAGCUUCUUGUGGGCACACCUUCUGUCGACCUUGCAUCAUGGCAAAGGGAAUCGAAAAAUGUCCAAUAGAUGAAAAUAAACUUUCAGUCGUCGUUGCAAACUUGGCGGUAUCGGAGCAAAUAGGAGAGCUGUUUAUACACUGUAAAUAUGGAUGUCGUAUUGUAGCAAAUGGAUUAAAACAUGAAUUUGAGGUUAAUCCCACGGGAUGUCCAAUGACAACUAAACUUAAUCAUAGAAGAGAACAUGAAAAAAAUUGCCAGUAUGCACCAACGCAAUGCCCCAACAGUGUUUUGUGUCCGAUGCUUCUUAAAAUGGAUCUUCAAGAUCACCUACAACACUGUGAACACAUUAAGUGUCCACAUCACAAAUAUGGAUGUCCAUAUGAAAGCAAUCAUGACCUGGUUGUCCAGCAUUUAAAGACUUGUAAAUUUGAAGCUGUAAAAGAAUUUUUAGCCCAUACAGAUAGUAGGCUAGAAGAAUUAAAAUCAUCUCUAAAGGAAAAGGACCAGGAAAUUUCGUUUAUGAAAAAUAUGAUAUUAAAACUAACAGAAAGAGUUGAUCGCAUGGAAAAGACUGUUGAUAUAAGAAUAGAUCUGUUAGAUGAGAGCCAAACAAAGCUAUCUUCAGACCUUUCUGAAUCCAGACAGAGUAUUGCGACAAUUGAGAGCGACCUUUCCAGUAUUGAGGCAAGACUGUGGGGAGUUGGAACUUUUGAUGUCCAGCCUCUGUUUAAAUGUAAAGGAACGUUUGUAGGUCACACAGGCCCUGUUUGGGCAUUGUGUGUGUAUGGUGAUCUAUUAUUUAGUGGCUCGUCUGAUAAAUCCAUCAAGGUAUGGGAUACCUUAACCACUUAUAAAUGUGUCAAAACACUCGAAGGUCAUGCUGGAAUUGUACUUGCAUUACGGACACACGAAAAAAUGUUAUUUAGUGGCUCAUCUGAUUGUACGAUAAAUAUUUGGAGCAUUGAGAGACUAGAACUAUUACARACACUAGAAGGCCACGAAAACCCUGUGUGUACACUAGUAGCCAAGAGAGACACRUUGUUCAGUGGCUCUUUGAAAAUGAUCAAGGUCUGGAAUCUAAGCACWAUGGGCCUUGUAAAAGAAUUGACAGGUCUUAAUCAYUGGGUACGAGCACUGGUGGCUAGUGACAACUAUCUCUACAGUGGCUCCUACCAAACCAUCAAGUUAUGGGACUUGGAUACACUAGAGUGUGUGCGUGUGUUACAGACCACUGGUGGUAGUGUGUAUUCACUUGCCGUCACAAAAGAAUUCAUUAUAUGUGGUACUUAUGAAAACUGUAUACAGUUAUGGGAUGCCAACACACACAAACUGGUUGAGACACUUAAUGGACAUGUUGGUACAGUUUAUGCACUYGCUGUGCUGAAUGCACCUGGACAAAGCAAGCUGUUUAGUGCCUCUUACGACAGAUCACUGAGGGUGUGGAAUUUGGAGAGCUUCACUUGUAUCCAGACACUGCUUCGACAUCAAGGUAGUGUUGCUGCUUUGGCUCUGUCUAAAGGCAGAAUAUUCUCUGGUGCUGUGGACAGCACUGUCAAGGUUUGGCAAUAAGUGAACAAGAGCGAAGUCUACUGGACUACCUUAGUAUAAAUAUUAGUUAUCUUGUCAUUGCAAAGUACUUGACAAUAACAAAUAACAAAUUUUGAAAAGAAAAAAAAAAGCUUUUGAAUGAAGAAGUCCAGUAUACCUUCCAAAUAAUAUAAUAAUUAUAAUUAAUUUAUUUGAAUACCAUCCUAAGUCUAUGAAUAGUUAGCCUGGGAUUAUCUUAAUAUGUAUAAAUUAUUGAUUUGUGUAUAGCAAAAUAAUUAUAAUGUAUUUUGGCCCACAUAUCCAAGAAUCCUUGCAAUUGUUUCUUUUGUGCUACAAUUGAUCUCUGCCUGGUUGAGAGGUGCGUCCUGAUUCGUGCAAAAUCAAAUAUGGUGAAUUUUCUAAUAAAGGUAUGGUAAUACGAGCAGCAAAAUUGUCCAACUUGUCUCACAGCAUUGCUGCAAAGCAAGUUAGAAAGAGAUGUUGCCCGUUUUACUACUGGCAAACUGGCAAAUCAAAUUGUUUCACAUCAAAAUAAUUUGUCGCAGGUCAGAAAAUCCUUAUUUCUGAUUGGCCAAUGUAGUCAGGUGAUUGUCGCGCGACGUUACUUUGCUGCGAAACAAGUUGGGUUGUUGUAGUAAAAGGGGCAACAUCUUUGAGGUUUGUUGCAAAAAGUAGAACCAUCUUCUACUUUCAGCAAGAAUUUUUUUCAACUUGCAACAAGCAAUUUUGUUGCGAGACAAGAUGGUACGCGCAUAGUAAAACAAGAAACAUCGCUUUCCAAAUUGUUUUGCAUCACUGUUGCGAGACAAGUUGGAUGAAUUUGUUGCUCGUAUUACUGUAGCUUAAGAGAAAAUCUACAAAGGUUCUUGAAUGCAAUAAAGACCUUAAACUUUAACUAUGUAAUGUACAUUGUACAUGAUGAAUAUCAUUUUAGCUGAAAGUCAAAUGGCUAUUUGCCUUGUACAAGUUAUUUUCACUAGCUAAUAAAGAACAGAGAAAAAGAA